AUGACUCCAGUGGCGCCGGAACAAGCAAAUGCAGCCAAGUCGUCGGGAUGUCAAGGGGGCACCAAGUCGUACCUCUGGCACCUUCGGCUUGGCCACAUAGGUCACGAUGGACUCAAUUGCAUCGUGACGAAGAACAUUGGAAUUGGCAUCGACAUAUCUUCGGUGAAGAAGUGGGACGUGUGUGAAGGUUGUGCUCUGGGAAAACAGACUCGAGUGCGCUUCCAAUCAAACACUACAGCUCGCACCUCCAAACUCCUCGAAGUGAUUCACAGCGACGUAUGCGGACCGAUGUCGAUGGCAACUUUCAGUGGAAAACGGUACUUCGUGACAUUCAUUGAUGACAAGUCAAGAUACUGUGUCGUCUAUCUGCUCAAGAGCAAAUCUGAAGUUGCGGCGAAGUUCAUGGAAUACGCUGCGAUGGCCGAAACGCAAACCGGAAAGCGCGUGAAGUACCUUCAAAGCGACAAUGGGGGUGAAUACAAGUCCGACAAGCUGGCACGAUUCUGCGCGGAACGGGGAAUGCAACAAAGGUUCACACCCCCAUAUACUCCUCAGCUAAACGGAGUAGCUGAGAGAAUGAAUCGCACGCUGGUCGAGUGUGCGCGUUGCAUGAUGGAACACGCUGGACUGGGAAAGAGCUACUGGGGGUGA